AUGAGCGGCCACAAAACGCUGCCACCACCACCAUCCACUCCGAGGCAGUGUGGGCGGCAAGGUGAAUCCCGAGAGGAAUUGGGGUUAGGGUCCAAGACUGUAGGAGCUGGAACUUUGACGAAUGUGGUGGUGCUGAUACUCAGGCUGCUGUGCAUGGCUACUUCGGUGACAGCCAUGUCGUUCAUGGUCACCGCUCGUCAGGUUAGCGUUGUUUCCUUCUAUGGGUUCCAGCUCCAGCUCCACUCUGAAUGGUCUUUCUCUUACUCCUUCGAAUAUGUUGUUGGAGUUACAACCACUGCAACAGCUUACUCUUUGCUCCAAUUACUCAUUGCCACUUCAAGGCUGCUUGUGAAGAAAUCCCCUCUGAUUCCCUCAAGAAACCAAGCUUGGCUUGUUUUUGCCGGAGAUCAGAUAUUAGCUUAUGCAAUGAUAAGUGCGGGAUCAGCCGCGUCGGGUGUAACCAAUCUGAAUCGAACCGGAAUUCGACACACCGUGUUGCCCAAUUUUUGCAAGUCGUUGGAUAGCUUCUGCGAUCAUGUCACGGUCUCGAUAGCCUUCACGUUCUUCGGCUGCGUGCUGUACGCAGCUGCCGCGGUUCAGGAUGUAAUGUGGCUCGCAACCAUUGAAACUACUUCAUCAUCUUGA